GAUUCCCUUCACCGCGCUCUCUGUUGUUUUAAUGUGGCGCUGGUUUAAUACAAACUGUUAGAAAUAUAAUUUCUGUAACAGAAAAAUACAGUUUUUGAAUCAGGUCAGUAAAUACAUGUUAUAUUCACAUCAUCAUAAUCGUGUCUAAGUGUUGAAGCAAAGAGAAAUAUAUCGGGAAGAAUAUCAGCUGAAGAUGGUGUUUGUUAAAGAGGAGACCGAGGAGAACACGAGUGAAAUAAAAGAAGAGGAAGCAGAAACCUGGAAAAUAAAAGAAGAGGAAGCAGAAACCUGGAAAAUAAAAGAAGAGGAAGCAGAAACCUGGAAAAUAAAAAAAGAGUUAUCAGAAACCUGGAAAAUAAAACAAGAGGAACUGGAAACCUUGAUAAUUAAAGAAGAGGAACCAGAAACCUGGAAAAUAAAACAAGAGGAACUGGAAACCUUGAUAAUUAAAGAAGAGGAACCAGAAACCUGGAAAAUAAAAGAAGAGGAACCAGAAACCUGGAAAAUAAAAGAAGAGGAACCGGAAACCUUGAUAAUAAAAGAAGAGGAACCAGAAACCUGGAAAAUAAAAGAAGAGGAACCGGAAACCUGGAAAAUAAAACAUGAGGAACGAGGAGAGUUUAUUGAAGAAAGUGAGGAGAACAAAAAAUGGAGUGAAAUUGAGGAGAAAAAUCAUGUCAAAACUGGAGAAAAACCGUUCACUUGUAAACAAUGUGGGAACAGUUUUACACAAAAAAGAAGCCUUAAGGCACAUAUGAGGAUCCACACUGGAGAAAAACCUUACAAGUGUUCACACUGUGACAAGAGAUUCAGUGAUUCAGGAGACCUGAAAAAACAUGAGAGGAUCCACACUGGACCAAAACCUUAUGAGUGUUCACAUUGUGACAAGAGAUUCAGACACCCAUCGUUUCUGAAAACACAUGAGAAGAUCCAUACUGGAGAGAAACCUUAUAAGUGUUCACAUUGUGACAAGAGAUUCAAACAGUCGUCACAUCUAAAAACACAUGAGAGGAUCCACACUGGAGAGAAACCUAUUAAGUGUUCACAUUGUGACAAGAGAUUCAGUAGGUCAGCAAACCUAAAAACACAUGAGAGGAUCCAUACUGGAGAGAAACCUUACAAGUGUUCACAUUGUGACAAGAGAUUUAAUCAAUCAACACAUCUAAAAAGACACGAGUGGAUCCACACUGGAGAGAAACCUCACACAUGUAAUCAGUGCGAGAAGUGUUUCACACGCUCAUCACAACUUAAGGAUCACAUGAACAUCCACACUGGAGAGAAACUGUGCUCAUGUGAUCAGUGUAAUAAAACAUUUUUGAGCGCUUCAGACCUGAAGAAACACCUGACAGUUCAUACAAAGGAGACGCCAUAUUCAUGUUGUUUGGGUGGAAAGAGUUUUUCUAAUUUUUCAGUUUUGAAAAUACAUCAGAAAACACAUACUGGUGUAAAAAAGCACAAGUGCUCUGAGUGUGAAAACACUUAUACUUCAGCGGGUGGUUUAAAACAGCAUGAGAGGAUCCACACUGGAGAAAAACCUUAUGAGUGUUCACACUGUGACAAGAGAUUCACUCAGUUGUCAAACCUGAAAACACAUGAGAGGAUCCACACUGGAGAAAAACCUUAUGUGUGUUCACACUGUGACAAUAGUUUCAGUCAGUCGUCAAACCUGAAAACACAUGAGAGGAUCCACACUGGAGAGAAACCUUAUCACUGCACUGAAUGUGGGAAGCGCUUCAGUCAUUCAUCUGCUCUACACAUACAUACAAAAAACUAUCACAGUAAGGCCCCGUACAAACAAAGAUGCCUUUAGCUGUAUAUGUACAAAUUUUGUAUCCUAUUGGUGUGUCCUCUAGACGGAUCCGGUGUUUUGGCAGCAUGAAACUGCAAAUUUUUCACAACCGGGGUCCCAGAGUGGAUCGAUCUGAUGUGUUUACAAUGUGUUUACAAUCUGCUUUUGAAGAAAUAUUGUAGUAACAUGCUACAGUGUACAUUUUGUCAGCUGCAGUUCUGGAGUCUCAGUCUGAACUGUACAACAUCACAUGCAUUCACAUCAGUGUUACAUCGGCUUUAGAGUUACUCUCACGGGUCACUGCACUUAUUCACAGACACAAAAGUACAUUAUUUGCAUGUACUUUAAAGCCUUGCUGGUUAAAUGUUUCAUUCAUGCGCUGGUCUGAUGUAUGCCUUUUCUGAGCGUCACAUACACCCGGAAGCGUGCGCACCAAAAAGCCUGUCAAACAGCGCCUGAUCUCUGAACUAAGUUAUCUUUUGUGCUUAUACUGUCAAAACACAGAAGGUUCACAAGUAGACUAAUAAUAAAAUGAAAGUAAGCAGUGGAGAUGGAACUUUUUUUUGUGCAAGAAGUUUUCUGGAAAAAAAAAUCCAUAUUCCUUCUGGUUCGCUAAUGUUAUUUCACCAACAAUUCGUGGCCUAUGCCUUGAUGGUAUGGUAUGGUAUGGUAGUUUGUGCAUUUCCAUGUUACGUUUUGUUACGUGUAAGAUACUUUGUGUUGUACGUGCCAUGACAUUCAAAUGCACACAAAACUUCUAUGAUGGUACCUCAACUUUUCACAGACACACCGUGAAAUUAAUGUUGAAUUGAUUUGCUUGUUAAGGUAUUGUAAACUCAUGAGGUAAGAAAAACUUAAAAGCAUACUCAUAUAUCUUAAAUCUUAUGGUUACAUUAUCCUAAGUAUUUAAGGCAUCAGAGAAGUGUUCUGUAUGAAAGCUAUACAAAACACAGUUUGUCCUGUACUCGCAGGUAAACGUCGUAUGGCCAUCUUAACCAUACAAAUAACAAAUUAAUCAUUGUUUUGCACAAAUCAUUGUUUGAAUUGUGAAUGUAGCCUCUCAAGAAAAGCUUUAAGACCUUGCAGAAAUACUCUGCCGCCUGAACGCUCCCACUUCACUCGUGCUAACGGCAAUCCACGGAAGAGAAUUUGGUCCAUGCAAUAAAAAAAUUAAAAAAACCUCUUGAGAUUAAAGUCGUUACAUUUUGAGAGAAAUGUUGAAACAAAAUAUUGAGAAUAAACUUGUUAAAUUACAAGAAAAAAGUGAAAUAAAAUAAAAUGAAAUAAAACUAUUUUUUAAGGGUAAUAAAAUGAAGUGCAAAGAGAAAAAUCACUCUCUAUUCUUGACUUAAAAAGAAUUACAGUUUUAAAUAUUACAGUUGCUUUAGGAAUCAGUCUAUAUAGUGUUUUAUUUUUAGAUUUGUUCAUAGCAGGAACAUUCAAGAAAUGCAAAGUAAACCUUUUGUACCUGAAAAUAAGCCAUUGUUUGUUUUAUUCGUUGUUGUAAUGUAUUGCUAUAUUUAAAUUUACUUUGUUCAUCUUAUUUCUGAUUUUAAAAAACACACACAAAGUAAAGAUUAUUUAACAGUUUAUUGAACAGAAGGGUGCACACUUAUGUUUCUUUGUUUGUACCUCAUCUCAGUCCUAGAGUCUCUGGCCAUGGAGUGAACGGUCACAUUCCAUGAGUCACCAACAUUUAAGUAAAUGUUAAAAUGCACAUUUUGUUGUGAAUCUUUUUGUUAUUUGGGAUUUCUGUUAAAGUGUUAUCUGAUUGUUUUCUUUUUCAUUUUGUUUGGUAGAUACUACAUGGGUAUAUUUAGAGGUUGUUGGUACUACCCAGUCAGUCGGUUUAUCAUCUGAGCUGAUUUCAGUUCUUACAUUGUAUUGUUACUCUGCUAGCAGGGCAGAUUUAUUCUUUUUGUAGGCCUGUUUUGGUUUCAGUUAUUUUUCCUUUGUUUUAGUUGAGUUUGCAGGAAUUAUGUUGAACUGGACUUUUGAUAUAUCUGCUUUUGUGGAUUUAAUUAACAUUUUUGUUAUUGUUUUGGUGGAAGAAUAAAUCAACAAUUUUUUCCCACAACUGUCCUGCUUGUCCUUGGCUACCACCACAGUAUCUUUGUUCUUAAU